AAUGGCGGCGGCGGGAGGAAAGUUCGGCGGAUUAACGGCUGUUUUCUCGUUUUAGAGAGCAAACCGACGGACAGAAGCAGAAAGGAGAAGAAAGAGGAGGAGAAGUGCGGCUCGGUGUGUGCCGGCGCCGAGGCGGACAAGUCGGAGGCCGAGGGCAAACAGUCCGGCAAGGAAGCCAAGUCGGAAGCGGCGGCGGCCCGAGAGACUCGGGUGCGGGCGGCCCCGGAGGCGGCCAGAGCCGGCAAAAGCUCCGAGAGCAGCACGGACUCUGAGGAGGACAGCGCCAGCAGCUCGUCGGCCGACGGCUGCCGCGCCAGGAAGCGCGUCAAGAAGAAGGAGGCCAGGGCGGGACGACGCCGCAGGAGGAGCCGCGACGACUGCCGAGCUAAAAAGAGGGACGGCAGUCGGGAGGGCAAGACCGGCCGCGGCAGGGACGGGGAGGGCAAGAGGGAGGGCGAGGGACGAAGAAACGACGGCGGCGGAAGGAGCGGCGGCAGGAAGAGAAGCGGGCGCAGCCGCAGCAGGGACGGCAAGAGGCGUAGCGGCAGCAGGGACGGCAGCAGCGGCCGGGACGGCAAGGCCGGUUCGGGCGGUAGGUGGAGCUCCAGGUACAAACGCGGUCGGAGCGGCUCCGCCGGCAGAGAGGGCGGCGGGCGCGGGACCGGCGGGUCCAAAAAGUCCCGAAGAGAGGGCAGCAGCUCGCCUUCCAGCGGCUCCGGCAGGUCCAGGGCCUCCAAGAAGUCCAAGAAAUCGUCCAAGUACGGGUACCGACGCGGCGGUUCGGCCAGUCGAUCUCGCUCGCCCAAGAGGAGGAGGACCAGCGGGUCGGCCAGUUCCGAGAGCGAAGAGUCUGGUAAGAAGUCCAGAGAGAAACACAGGAAUAGGUGAAAGGCCACAAGGUGGUCUCCGGAGGAAGGACGUCGGCGGCCGGACGGGCUCCCCGACUUUGGACGGCGGCAGGACAAUCCGGUCGGACCCGGACGCGUCUUUUUAUAGCGAAUUACGGUCCGCCGGGCGGGAAAGGCGCGGCGGCCUCCCGUCUUCCCUUCCUUUCCGCUCGGUCGGACCUCCACCCGCAUCGGGCGGAGCCGGUCUUUCCGCCUGAAGAGGCGGCGGGCGCCGCCUGGGGCCUCUCCGGCCUUUGGGAAGGUCCGUCAGACGCGUCGGCGUACGGAGAGGACGGAAUCGGUUUCCGCGUCCCAACACGCGUGGCCGUGUAACGCGCUCCAUUUGUGUAAAAUACAAUUGUCUUAA